UGGCCACUUGCUCUUCAACUGGUCUUGUUAUUGGACUGGGAUUUUUAAAAUGGCAAAGUCAAAAAGUUUGAGUAAGCAUACAGAACAGCUUCGCCCUGUGAUCUCCAUGAGAUCACUUCACCUAGUAUCUCAGUACGCCAGCGAGGAUGAAACUGAAGAUGCUAUCCCUCAAACAAAUGAGAUAAGUGAGGAUGAACUUGAAGAAGAUAAUUUCUUUCAUGAAGUUAACAUUAUAGAUGCAAAUGGUGUUUCAAGGAAGAAACAAAGUAUGAAACUCAAGGAUGUAUUGAGGAUGCGUGAAGGUGAAAAAAUUCGAGUGCAAAUGAAUGAAUUAGCCCAACAUGUUGGAGCAGCUCGAAAGGUCUUGACCGGGUGGAUGACUAUGUUGGUCAAGCAACAAAAUCCCUGUUCGCCAAGUGUUAGCAACUUCUGUGGAGUGAAAAAGGUUUCACGUCUUUUGCUAUUGAGAAACGUACGGGAUAAAUUUCCAUUUUCCAAUCAUCACAUGGUCGACAAAGUUUUGCUCGCCCUGUUUAGUGCCACGUUCAGGAAUCAUAAGCAUAACUUGACUUGCAAACUUCUCAAGGAUGCAACAACGUCAUUACGAGCUAUGCUCAAGCAGUAUUUACAACGUAUUGGGAUCGAAGGUGUAGAAUUGGCUAAACUAGUCAAACAACACAAGCUAUGUGAUGUGCAACAAGUGGAGGAACUUGAUAUAUUGCCGAUGGAAGUUGAAUUUAAUGAGUUUCAAUGGCUUGAUUUCAAAAAUUAUAUCAAAUCAAAGGAGUGUAAGGAUGAGAGAUAUGAUACGCAGAGCAAUGAUACAAGUAGAAACGAUUACGAAUAUGAGAGCACUGGAAAUGGUCAUGAAGCCCCGGGGCUUCAAGCCGGGGCUUCAAACUCUCUCUCUCUGCCACAUCAGCUUUAACUUACACCAAAAAUUCACUGGAAAAGGAGUGAAACGAUUGGGUAAAGGGACUUCAAUAACUUGGGGAAGAUGGU